GGGCACCACCUAGCCCCUGGAGGUAACAUGAGGCGAGAUCCUGACGAAUUGUUGGCACUGUCUGGAGAAAGACUACCACGAAUUGACGGAGCCCCACCCUUUGCAGUUAAUGUGAGACAUCCUGCGAGAAGCAGCCAGUCUGAUUUUGAGAGGCAGUAGUCAUGGUGAGAGCCGAGCCGAGCAGACAACUCUGGAGAGGCGCCUCUCUUUUUGAUCAGCGGCCACAGCACGCCUAAGGGCCAGGCGGACGGACCUGAAAAACCAGCUGCCUGCGAUUAUUACUCUCAGCGAGGAGCAGCUCAGGAGCAACAAGUGAGCAAGCGUGGAGUCUCCUCCUCCUCUUCACAUGAACUCUUUGAUUCCCACAGAAAGCACACACACAGAGGCAUCUCUGGUUGUUUUUGAACUCUUUUGGCCUUUGUUUUUGUCCGUCCCGUCUGUUUGUACCUGUGGGACCUGUGGGUCACUUUAGCAGCACCUGGGACUUAUUUACUUAUCGGAGUAGAACGCACUCUUCUACUCCCUCGUGCCUCCCUCCCCAGACCUUCUGUGACUGUCAGCCCUCCGCUGGUGGACUAUGCCCCUAUCUGUCAGCUGAGGGAGGGGGCUCUGCAGCUGCUCAGUCUCCCACCUGGAGAAGGCUUGGGCUGAAAUUAAAGAGGAGACAGUUAUUGCUGAAGAUGCAAGCUUCAACUGUCUCACCUGGGACCAACACUACAGUACCUUCAAACACAACCACCACCACAAAGACCAAAGAACAAAUACUCAUCCAGAGUUCCGGGGCAAUGAUCGCUGUCAUCGUCAUAGGUAUCAUCAUCCUUCUUGCCAUUCUCCUGAUCAUCCUGAAGACGUACAACAGGCGGACACAUGUAUCCAGAGUCCUGGGAGCCAGCGGUGGCUCCAAACCUCGUCCGAAGAUGUCACAAUCCACAGUUCCGAGCAGCAUGCCGCUGAGCACCAUGGGAGUCAACUCUGUGUCGGGCAGCAUCUCCAAUUUAAACCCAGCCUCAGAGAAUGGCUUCCAGCUGCCCAGAGUGGAGCUGAUCAGUGUGGAGGGAAACCACAUAGAGCAAUCCAGCACCAUCAGUGAAUCCACUGCGAUAACCAUACACGAUUCUCCAUCAAUGAGAAACACAUAGCAGCACGACUGUGGUUCUCACAACAGGCACUGACUGAUGUGUCGUCUCCAUCCGUGACCGCAUACUGUGUGCAGACUGAAUCCUGUGAAAACUCAAUCCGUGACGUUAGUGUUUUCACUGUCAAUCUCCAACAACUGAGCCACAGCUGGCGACUACAAUGACAAAAUGUCCUUUUGACAUGUGAAAAAAUAUGUACAUCAUGAACAAAAUGGUACCGUAAACAGACACAAAAGAUUGCAUGAAGGAUGUUGAAUGACGGGGAACUGAGACGUUGAGAAGAUUUGCUUUUUGGCUACAGUCAGUGUUCAGAGUAUAGAUGCCAGACAUUUCUUACGGUUUAUAAUCUUUGCAGAUCACUACUAAUACAAUGAAGAAAAAGUGUAGUAAAGAUUGUAAUGGCUUGAGAACAUUGCUCAUACGUGUGUACAUUUCUGUAUUAAAGAGGAUCACAUAGGUUCAUGACUAAAUUUAGGAUUAGUAUAAACUUCAGAGAAGACAAAGCCAAUAUGAAAUGGAUGCCAGUAUGUUUGAGGAUGCAGAUUUAUUUUGAUCUAACAUUAUUUACAAAAUUUAGUUAACCUUGCAUUCUACUGUCUUUAUCUUCUGAUCACAGAUUCUCUCAGAUUAGUUUUUGUUUAAGAAAUCUAUAAAAUGUCAUUGUACUUUUUUUAUUACCUUGUAUAACGAAGAGACCACAGAGAUAUUUUAUGAGACAUCUGGGUGUCAGCCUAACAAGCUGAUGUGAAUCCUUUUUAGUUUGAUGCCAAAGGAUUUUGCACUUUAUUUGCAUUGCUCCCUGUAUUUGUAUUUUUUUGCGGUUCUUUAAAUUAAAUGAGAUGCAAAAUAAAAAUUAAUAUUUCUA